AUGACUCAGAGCGUCACAGGCGGAAGGUCACGGAGCAGCAGAACGGAACGGAAGCGGGAGUAAAAAGCCCAUCCGCCAUUGUGGAAAAUGACACACAGUCGCCGUUUGUAACAACGAGAAGAAGCAGAUCGUCGUCGGGUCGGACCACGGGAAGGAAGGAAGAAAAAAAAAAAAACCCUCCGCCGCGCAACCGUUACAGAGCGAUUGGACGACCCGAGAAACGAGCCAGGGAAAGCACCGGAGAGCAGAGAGAAACAGGGGGGGAAGCCGUGGACAGUCUCACGAACCAGCUCUCAGUGUCGCUUCCUGGAGGAUGUCUGCGACCACAGUCGAUCAGAGACCUAAAGGACAAGGAAAUAAAGUGCAAAACGGAUCAAUGCAUCAAAAGGAUGGUGUGAAUGAUGAUGAUUUUGAGCCUUAUCUAAGCGGCCAGACAAAUCAGGGUAACAGCUAUCCACCAAUGUCUGACCCCUACAUGCCCAGCUAUUAUGCUCCCUCCAUCGGUUUCCCUUACUCUCUGGGAGAGGCCGCUUGGUCCACAGCAGGAGACCCUCCCAUGCCCUACCUAACCGCCUAUGGACAGAUGAGCAAUGGCGAGCCGCACUUCAUCCCUGACGGCGUGUUCAGCCAGCCAGGUGCCCUUGGGAACACCCCUCCCUUCCUGGGCCAGCAUGGCUUCAACUUCUUCCCUGGUAAUGCAGACUAUUCCACCUGGGGUACCAGUGUCUCUCAGGGUCAGUCCACACAGAGCUCAGUCUACAGUAACAGCUAUGGGUACGCCCCCAGCUCGCUGGGUCGGGCCAUCACGGACGGACAGGCGGGCUUUGGAAGCGACACCCAGCUUAGUAAAGUCCCGGUGCUGAACAGCAUUGAGCAAGGUAUGACGGGCCUCAAACUGGGUGCGGACAUGGUGGCAGCUGUCACUAAAACCGUGGGUUCCCCCCUAGGGGGCACAGCAGGUAUGAGCAGUAUGGCAGCCAAUAGCCUCCCUCCGUCUGUCAGCUCAUCUGCACCUAAACCUGCCUCCUGGGCAGCCAUUGCCAAGAAGCCGGCCAAGCCGCAGCCCAAGGUCAAACCCAAAGCCAACAUGGGGAUGGGGGGAGGUGCCAUUCCCCCGCCCCCCAUAAAGCACAAUAUGAACAUUGGUACUUGGGAUGAGAAGGGCUCUCUGAACAAGCCCCAAUUAGCUCAGAAUAUGAUGCCCCCGCAGCCUAUGGUGCAGCAGCCUCUCCUAGCUCAGCCCCAGCCCUUACUGCAAAACCCGUUGCCUCCUCAACAUCAACACCAACACCAACAUCAACACCAACACCAACACCAGCCCCAACACCAACAUCAGCCCCAACACCAACAUCAACAUCAACACCAGCCCCAACACCAACACCAGUCCUUCCAGCUCCAUGCUCUCCAGUCCCCCCAGCACCCCCAGCCCAUGCCCCCUGGCCAUCCACACAUGCACCUCUCCUCUCAACCUGGUCCCCUACAGCCCCUUCAUCACCAACAACCCCAGCAGCCUGGCCCUCCCCCCAACCGCUGGGUGGCUCCCAGGAACCGCGGUGAGGGCUUCGGUCUGGGUGGGGGACUCCCACUUAGUGCCUCCCCUUGCUCCGGAGAAGUGCAUCCCGUGUUGGAGAAACUCCGUGCCCUCAACAACUACAACCCCAAAGACUUUGACUGGAACUUGAAAAAUGGCAGAGUUUUCAUUAUCAAGAGCUAUUCUGAAGAUGACAUCCACCGCUCAAUCAAGUACUCUAUCUGGUGCAGUACAGAGCACGGCAACAAGCGUCUGGAUGGUGCCUACCGCUCACUGGGCAACAAGGGGCCCCUGUACCUGCUGUUCAGCGUCAACGGCAGCGGGCACUUCUGUGGUGUGGCCGAGAUGCGCUCACCAGUGGACUACAAUGCCUAUGCAGGCGUCUGGUCUCAGGACAAGUGGAAGGGCAAGUUUGAGGUGAAGUGGGCGUUCAUCAAAGACGUGCCCAACAACCAGCUGCGACACAUCCGGCUGGAGAACAAUGACAACAAGCCAGUAACCAACUCCAGGGACACUCAGGAAGUGCCUCUGGAAAAGGCCAAACAAGUGCUUAAAAUUAUCGCCACUUACAAGCAUACCACCUCAAUCUUUGAUGACUUUGCACAUUAUGAGAAACGUCAGGAAGAGGAGGAGGCUCUGAGGAAGGAGCGCAAUAGAAAUAAACAGUAACCUUCAAGCAAGCUCUCUGCUAGAACUGCAACACUAAUGAUGUAGGACCUUACAUAUAAUUUGCCUAACCACAAGGAGGAAAGGCUCUCACAAAUCUUUUCCGCUGAAGACGACAAUGUAUCUGAACACUUGAACAUGACAAUAGAUGGACUCAUCUGUAUCCGUUGACUGGUGCAUCAAACCCUGUGUUCCUGUCUCACGAGAAAAACGUAACCCACUUCGAAAAAAAUCUGUCUUUAAAGCACUUUCAGUCCUCCUAAACAGCCUCUACCGUAACUCUCUAAUUCUGUGUUGUUCUUCUUUGAUUUAGUUUGAGAGCAACUAACUGACUAACCGAAGUAGUCAGUAGAUUUCACCAGGCUUAUUUGUAGUUUUCUUCUUUUUUUUUUUUUUUGUUUAUGCCUCAAAAUGGGAUAUUGGUGAGCUUCAUCCGCUCCUGAAGAGAAAAUAAAGAUUAUGUAUGAUUUAGUCUUUUACUUGAAUCUGUAUUCAACCAUCUGAUCCGAGUCCUCAGACAGAGGUUUGGAGGAUUGACAGGUGGGAUGAAAUAAUUGGGAAACAGCCACAAUCAUGCCAAUCAUAGGAUGUAUCCUCCCUCUACCUGUUCCCUUCCUUUGUGCAUCUGUUUCUGUGUACCAAAAGAUUACAAUUAUGCAGCAGGCUGGCAAACACUGGCCAAUGCACAUCUUUGUAUUUUUUUUUUCUCUCUCUCUCUCUCUCUUUUGUGAUUCUGUCAUUCUGAAGUGCAUUUGUCUGAGGAGAAACCUGCUGCUCUGGUAGAACUAUAGCGCAGGCCUCCUUGGGUCCUGUGGGUGACUGUCUUUGCUCUGAUGUUGAUGUACUGUAUCGUACCUCAGGCUCAAUCAGACUGUCUGUCCUUAACAACUCAAAGCACUUUUGGGAGAAUCCUCACAUCACCCCCUCCCCCCCCCUUGGCUUGACUGGGAUUCCCCCAAAACGGCAAGACAUCAACUGCAAGGAUGUGACAGUUUUCUCCUCUAGGUAACUCACUAGCUAAAUAAAAAUGAUCCAUGUUUAGCGCAAACCAUGCUUUUGUGUUUUUGUGUACUCAUUUGCCUCAGAAAUGUGUGUAUUACUUCUAUGCUUCACACAAACUGAAACUAUGAACUCUUCUCCUGCAGCCCAAGCAGAUCGUUCCUCGCCUAGUUGCAUAUGUGCCUCUAAAUAAAUUUACAGUAGCAGCUCCAUGUCCACAUCUGCUUUGCAUUGCAGCGUAUUACUGACGAGUGUAAAAUGUGCUGGUGCCAGUGGGGGUUGGUUUGACAAUAUCAUCGGUGUACAAUAAAUUGACUUGAAGAUGAUGCUUGGGAGGCAGACCUGCCAGCCUAUAGUGGGUUAGUUGAUAUAUAUCGAUACAACUGCAGGGAUUACAACCAAUACUGGAAUGUAUAACGAUGCAUGGAUGUGCAUGGAUGGUACAGGCAGUGGUGGAAUGUAACUAAGUACAUUUACUGUACGAAAGCACAAUUUCUAGAUACGUGCACUUGAGUAGUUGCUUUUUACGCCACUUUUUAUUUCUACUGCACUACAUUUUAGAGGCAAAUGUUGUACUUUUUUACUCCACCACAUUUAAUUAAUAGUUACUUUACAAGUUAGGAUUUUACAUAAAAAAAACAUACGAUCGUAUAAAACAAACAUUUGUUACAGAUUAAAACAGUUUCCAGCCUUUUUGGCCGAUGACGUUUCCCCUCAGGAAACUUCAAAUUAUUCAAUAUUUUACAAAUUCACAAAGAUUAAAAAACUACCAUCAAUUGGUCCAGGGGGCGUACAGUGAUGGGGAGGCAAUGGCUCCUCCCCCCCCCCCCUACUUCUGGCUCCCUUGCUCUGAUCACACCCAUCUUCAUUUUGAUCUCAACUACUCACCUGUAAAGUUUCGUGACUGCAUGAUUUAUUUUAAACUGUCAGAAACUUUGUAAUAUUAUCUUGAAAUACAAUGUGAUGAUAGAUUAUGUGGAAUUUCCUGUUUGCUGUUUUCAAUUUUAAAUGACGUUAUUUUGCUUUAGUUGCCAGGGCAGGUAAAGGUAGUACAGUAACCAUAGACAGACUUUGACAUAUGUUAGACCUAUAAAAAAAGACUUAAUGAUUAAACGAUUAAUUGCAAAAUUAUAUGAAUAAAAUUGUUAUUGAAAUU